AUGGCCGCAGUUCCUCCCUCGGAAAACCGUCAAAUGCCGAUAACCAUUGUCCCAACCCACGUGGGACACAUGAUUCCUCCAAUCCCGAUCUGGACUCUUUCGUUCAGUAACCCACUGCACAUCUCCGAUCUCCUCCAUUCGACAACUCCACUACAACACACGCCCUCUUCUUCUCAUUCACCAUCACCAACUUUGAAAACAACCACGCGACCCAAGACAAUUAGCCGCUUCCGAUCAACAACACUCACGACAACCAUCGCACCCAUUCGCCAUCACCAAGCCUGUCAGCCACCGAACACUUCCUCCGAAGUUUCAGUUACGGACGACCACACCAGGUUCCAUCUCUAUUUUUCUCAAUUAUUGUUUCAUGUGUUUGUUGUAAUGAGUAAAUCUGGGAAAAUUUGGCACAAGUUUGUUUGUUUGAUGAAGAGAAAACGUGAUACAGGUGAGAGAGGGAGAGGAAUUGAAUCUGAAAAAUAA